AUGUCUGAAAAGCACAAGCCAUUAAGAUUACCAAUAGGAUGGCUGAAUUACAGUUACGCCGAAAAACGGUACAAACAGGUUAAAAAUACAGUAAAAAAGCGAACUGGGACAACAACAAUUUUACUAACCCGCAGUUCUGGAUAUGAGGAGACUAAAACAACUCUUGAGGAAGAAUUUUUCCCAGGAGGGAAAAGUUCUAGAGGAAAAUUGGUGUGCAUGGACACUGAACUUGGAACAUUCAAAGGAAUUAUAAUAAGUCCUGAAAACUUUACAACUGUAGGAGAGUGGGUUGAGAAUGAACAAGAGCACCAGCAAAAAGCCCGUCUCUACCUUUUGACCAAGAAAAAACUCAUGCAGGAUUACGACUUAAUGACCGACACCCGUUCUACGGAUUCUUCGGAUUCUGAUUUUCUGCCAAGACUGCAAUUAACAAAAACAAAAAGAAAGAAAACAACAGAUAGUGACAGUGUGAUGAGUUAUACCUACUGCCAUGCUGGGGUGGGGCCCAGUACCCUCCUACCUUCAACGAGUCAUACCCCAUGUUCACUGGCAACAGCUACACCAACAACAACUGCUGCAAUAGCUGUUUGCAAUCCACUGAUAGACAACUCAUCAGGCAGUCAAAACAAAAACAUUUCUACAUCUCAGCAGCCUGGUCAGCAGUGGCUUCCAGCUGGAACCCCAACAGUGCUAUUCCAACAAGGUCAUGCUGGGAAGAAUUGUACCAUUUGUUUUGACCGAGAAAUCAGUCAUUUUUUCCUGCCCUGUGGUCACACGACAUGUUUAGUCUGUGGUCUGGAGAUAGAAACCCACAACAGAAUGUGUCCGGUGUGUAGACUACUCAUUCAGGAAGUAAAACCAUUAUUCAUGUAAUUUUGUUUCUUGUACCCAGAUUUUUGUGAAAUUUUACAGGCCAUUGUAUUAGAG